AGGCAAUGCAGACGCAGCAGAAACCAGAAAAUACUACACAUGCCACCCGUAUGCCUUCAUAAUAAGAAAGGGGAGAAGAACACGAGACAUAGAGAUAGAGAAAGAGAAACAGAAAUGGCUCUCGCCCGAAGGACCACCGCCACCUGUACAGACUCGACGAUCAUCGUCAAAUUGAAACCCUAAUCCCACCGUUGGCUGUCACCAUCUCUAAUUUUUAUGUGCAGCAUCAGUCUCUCUCUCUCUCUCUCUCUCUCUCUCUUUGGAUUUCGCAUUUGGGGAACGUAGCUGGUGUUGAGCUGCGAUUUUGAUUCUAGAUUUGUCUGCAUUGUUUGUCUUAGUAUGGCGGAGGAAGUGUGGUUGAUCGGCCUUUGACCUACUGGUCGUUAAGGAAAGGUUUUUGUCCUCUCUUUCUUGCCGAUCCUCUGUAGAUUUGGGGAUUGGGGAUGGGGUUGGGGACGGGGAUGGAGCCUCUGAUGGAGCUCUGCGACUUGAUCGCGCAGAAUCCCGACCAAUGCGCCGAUAAGCUCUCAUGGAUGUGCGGCAGAUGCCCGCCCCCGGAGGCUCUGCUCGUCGAAUCUCCUAGGGUUACCAGGACGCAGCUCCAUGCCGUGAUCGCAGUCGCCAGAUUUCUCUCCAAAUGCCCCGACCACGCCGAUCACCGCCCCCAGUCGCUGGUUCUCGCUUUUGUCCGCGCGAUUCCGGCGUCCUUCAACCCGCCCUUCUGGCCGCAAGCGUUCGGGAUCGACUCGAUUGCGUUGUUUUAUGGGGAUUUCCUGGGUUAUGUCUCCAAGGCCACGGAAUUGUCGUCCGAUUUGGCGACCGACGUUGCGGGGUUCAUGGGAGAGAUUGCGAUCUCCGCAAUUGGUAAUGUGGACGGAGAUUCGGGGAUUCUUAGGGCUUUUUUGCGGGCUCUAUCACAGAAUUUCCUACCCGUUGUUACUUCUGACGCCGACAAUUUGGUUUCGUGUCUGUUAAAUCAAUUUUUGAGUUUCGCCCCAAGUUCGCCCCGGGAACUUGUUCCGACGACCCCCGAUGCAUCUUCUUCUCGGAGUUCGCCUGCUACUGCAAAUCAUUACCAACCGAAUGAGAGUUCGAGUCCAGGAAAUGGAGUGACCAAUGCUUCGGGUUCCUCUAGCAGUUCCGCGUCAAGAGGGUCUGUGUCUGUGAUGAAUGGGGGCAGCGUUGCGUGGAAGAGCAGCGUCGACCAGUUGGUUACAGGUAUAGCAAGUGCUGGGUCGAAUGAUGCAGGAGGGAGUGCCGCGGCCCUCAAGCGGCUUGUUCUCUCCUUCGAGGAGGAACGAGUGGAGAGCCUUGAGAAACAAGAAAUUGCAUUCAAAUUGAUUACGUUCAUUUUGGAUAAAUCACACAUUGAUCCGAAGCUGUUGGAGCAGGUUAGGAUAAUAGCCAAGGAACAGCUCCAGUCCAUGUCUGCUUUUCUAAAGAUAAGGAAGCGGGACUGGACAGAACAAGGGCCGCUACUAAAAGCUAGAAUCAAUACAAAACUAUCCGUUUUCCAAGCUGCUGCUAGGUUAAAACUUAAGAGUCUUGCAUCCAUUGAUUCUGAUGGGAAGUCUUCAAAAAAGUUGUUGCUCAGUACUCUUAGCCUGUUGGUUGAUGCUGCUGAAGCAUGCUUGUUUUCGGGUUGGCGAAAAUUGAGAAUAAGUGAAGAGCUUUUCAGCUCUUUGCUUUCUGGAAUUGUCCAAAUUGCCAUCACCCGUGGAGGCCAGUUGCUGAGGGUUUUGCUCAUUCGACUUAAACCCCUUGUCCUAGCCACUUGUGCACAGGCUGACACGUGGGCCAACAGCCAGGGGGCCAUGUUUGAUAGUGUCUUGAGAGCAAGCUGUGAGAUAAUUGAAUUUGGUUGGAGCAAGGACCGGUCUCCUGUGGACACUUUUAUCAUGGGACUAGCUACAAGUGUUCGUGAAAGAAGUGAUUGUGAGGAAGAGGAUGGGAAGCAGAAGCAGCCGGUUCCUGCAAUUCAGCUUAACAUUAUACGCUUGCUAGCUGAUCUGAAUGUAACUGUUAAAAAGCCUGAAGUAGUAGACAUGAUAUUGCCACUAUUCAUUGAGAGUUUAGAAGAGGGUGAUGCUUCAACUCCUGGCUUGUUACGAUUACGACUUCUUGAUGCGGUUUCUCGCAUUGCAACUUUAGGUUUUGAGAAGUCAUACCGUGAAACUGUUGUUCUGAUGACAAGGAGCUAUUUGAACAAACUCUCAAGUGUUGGCUCAGCUGAAAGUAAAACCCAGGCACCAGAAGCCAAUACUGAACGUGUUGAGACUCUUCCUGCAGGAUUUCUUUUAAUUGCUAGUUCACUUUCCAAUGCUAAAUUGCGGGUAGACUAUCGUCAUCGUCUACUAUCUUUGUGCUCGGAUGUUGGAUUGGCUGCAGAGUCUAAAAGUGGAAGGAGUGGAGCGGAUUUUCUUGGACCUCUGCUUCCUGCUGUUGCAGAAAUAUGUUCAGAUUUUGUUCCUAGCGUAGAUGUGGAGCCUUCACUUUUAAAGUUGUUUCGCAACCUUUGGUUCUAUGUUGCUCUUUUUGGACUGGCCCCUCCCAUACAGAAAAAUCCAUCUCCAACAAAGUCUGUUUCUACUACACUGAAUAGUGUAGGGAGUAUGGGUGCAAUGGCCCUUCAAGCUGUGGGAGGACCAUACAUGUUUAAUACUCAAUGGUGUUCUGCUGUAGAGCGUAUUUCUCAAGGGACCCCACCCCUUGUUGUUAGUUCUGUGAAAUGGCUUGAAGAUGAAUUAGAACUUAAUGCUCUUCAUAAUCCUGGUAGCCGUAGAGGAAGUGGCAAUGAGAAAGCUGCUGUAACCCAAAGAACUGCUCUUUCUGCUGCUUUAGGAGGGCGAGUAGAGGUUCCUGCAAUGAGUAGCAUUUCAGGUGUGAAGGCAACUUACCUCCUUGCAGUGGCUUUUCUUGAGAUAAUUCGAUUUAGCAGCAAUGGUGGUAUUCUUAAUGGUGAUCCUAGUUUCACUGAUUCUAGAAGUGCCUUCAGCUGUGUGUUUGAGUACCUUAAAACUCCAAAUCUCAUGCCAGCUGUCUUCCAGUGCUUGACUGCAAUUGUCCACCAGGCUUUUGAAGCAGCAGUAUCGUGGCUGGAGGAUCGAACAACUGGGACUGGCAAUGAAGCUGAGGUUAGAGAGUUCACUCUAUCUGCACAUGCUUGUUUUCUCAUAAAAAGUAUGUCUCAGAGGGAGGAUCAUAUUCGUGAUAUAUCUGUUAACUUGUUGAAUCGGCUUAGAGAUAGGUUUCCACAGAUCCUUUGGAACUCUUCCUGUGUGGAUUCCCUGCUAUUUUCAGUGCAUAAUGACCCACCUUCAAGUGUGGUUCAUGAUCCUGCAUGGAUAGCAAAUGUUCGCUCUUUGUACCAAAGAAUUGUUCGAGAAUGGAUCAUUAUUUCACUUUCAUAUGCUCCAUGCACUAGCCAGGGUCUUCUUCAGGAAAAGCUUUGUAAAGCAAACACAUGGCAAAAGGCGCAACCUGCCAGUGAUAUUGUUUCUCUCUUGUCUGAGAUACGGAUUGGUACUGGUAAAAAUGAUUGUUGGACUGGAACAAAAACUGCAAAUGUUCCUGCAGUCAUGGCAGCUGCUGCUGCUGCAUCUGGAGCUAACUUUAAAUUGAUGGAGGCUUUUAACUUGGAGGUGCUUAGUACUGGCGUAGUUAGUGCAACGGUCAAGAGUAACCACGCUGGAGAAAUUGCAGGCAUGAGAAGGUUAUAUGAAAGCAUUGGUGGAAUUCAGCCUGGCACUUCACAAACUGGCCAAGGGCUUGGUAUUAGCCUUCAAAAAUUGAAAUCUGGAGUGUUUUCUCAGCAACCAUCUCCGCAACAUGAUCCUUUUAAUGAGAUUAUGCUGACCAAGUUUGUGCGCCUACUUCAGCAGUUUGUUAAUGUUGCAGAGAAAGAUGGGGAAGUGGAUAAAUCAUCAUUUCGUGAAACUUGUGCCCAGGCUACUGCGCUACUGCUUUCAAAUCUUGGUUCUGAUUCAAGGUCUAACAUAGAGAGCUUCUCACAACUUUUACGUCUUCUUUGCUGGUGCCCGGCUUACAUUUCCACACUCGACGCAAUGGAGACUGGUGUAUUUGUUUGGACAUGGUUAGUUUCUGCUGCUCCUCAAUUGGGAUCUCUUGUUCUUGCCGAGCUUGUUGAUGCAUGGUUGUGGACAAUUGAUACCAAAAGGGGACUUUUUGCAUCAGAAGUGAGAUAUUCUGGUCCUGCUGCAAAACUAAGGCCUCACCUUGCCCCUGGAGAGCCAGAGAUGCUUCCAGAGAAGGACCCUGUUGAGCAAAUAAUAGCUCAUAGACUUUGGCUUGGAUUUUUUAUAGAUCGUUUUGAGGUAGUCCGGCAUGAUAGUGUUGAGCAACUCUUACUUCUUGGUCGGAUGUUGCAAGGGACCACUAAGUUUCCCUGGAACUUUUCACAACAUCCAGCUGCUACUGGAACUUUUUUCACCUUGAUGCUGCUUGGGCUCAAGUUUUGCUCCUGCCAGUCCCAGGGCAAUCUCCAAAGUUUCAGAACAGGGCUUCAGCUGCUGGAAGACCGUAUAUAUCGGGCCUCUUUAGGGUGGUUUGCUCAUGAGCCUGAGUGGUAUGAUCUAAACAACGGAAAUUUUGCCCAGAGCGAGGCUCAGUCUGUUUCUAUAUUUGUUCACCAUCUUUCAAAUGACCAUAUGGAGGCUUCUCAACUUGAUCCAAAGGGCCGGGGACGUGAAAAUGGGAGUUCUUUGAUUGAUUUGAAGGACCAAUAUCACCCUGUUUGGGGUCACAUGGACAACUAUGCCAUGGGGAGAGAAAAACGGAAACAAUUACUUUUGAUGCUAUGCCAGCACGAGGCUGAUAGACUUGAAGUUUGGUCACAACCUGCGAACUCCAAGGAAAGUGCAUCUUCUCGCCCUAAAAUUACCUCAGAAAAAUGGAUUGAAUAUGCCCAAACAGCAUUUUCUGUUGACCCUCGAAUAGCUUUAUGCUUGGCCUCAAGGUUCCCUACAAAUACUUUCUUAAAGGCUGAAAUUACUCAGCUGGUUCAGUCACAUAUAUUGGAGCUCCGUUGCAUACCUGAGGCAUUACCAUAUUUUGUUAACCCAAAAGCUGUUGAUGAAAAUUCACCUCUCUUGCAACAACUGCCGCACUGGGCUCCUUGUUCAAUCACACAGGCCCUUGAGUUUCUUACUCCAGCAUAUAAAGGUCAUCCACGUGUGAUGGCUUAUGUUCUCAGAGUUUUAGAGUCUUAUCCUCCUGAGCGAGUAACCUUUUUCAUGCCACAGCUAGUACAGGCUCUACGGUAUGAUGAAGAGAUGUUGGUAAGAGGUUACUUGCUUAGAGCUGCUCAACGAAGUGAUAUAUUCUCUCAUAUUCUGAUAUGGCAUUUACAGGGUGAGCAAGUAGAACCAGGAAAAGAUGCAACUGCAGGGAAGAAUAGUUCAUUUCAAGCGCUAUUGCCUGAUGUUAGGAAACAAAUAGUUGACGGGUUCACUCCCAAGGCUCUUGACGUGUUUAAAAGAGAAUUUGAUUUCUUUGACAAAGUGACUUCUAUAUCCGGUGUGUUAUAUCCACUGCCAAAGGAGGAACGACGUGCUGGCAUCCGGAGGGAGUUAGAGAAAAUUGAAAUGGACGGAGAAGACCUUUACCUGCCUACUGCUCCAAGUAAAUUUGUCAGAGGUAUUCAGGUUGACAGUGGAAUACCCCUACAAUCAGCAGCAAAAGUUCCUAUCAUGAUUACUUUUAAUGUGGUAGAUCGGUAUGGGGACUUAAAUGAUAUAAAGCCCCAAGCUUGCAUUUUCAAGGUUGGAGAUGAUUGCCGACAAGAUGUUCUUGCUUUGCAAGUAAUAUCACUCCUCAAAGACAUAUUUCAAGCAGUUGGACUUAACCUCUAUUUGUUUCCUUACGGAGUUCUUCCUACUGGCCCUGAGCGAGGAAUAAUUGAGGUUGUGCCAAAUGCUAGGAGCAGAAGUCAGAUGGGUGAAACCACUGAUGGUGGCUUAUAUGAGAUUUUUCAGCAGGAUUAUGGACCUGUUGGCUCUCCUAACUUUGAAGCUGCUCGUGAAAACUUCAUCAUUAGCAGCGCUGGUUAUGCAGUCGCUAGCCUCCUGCUUCAACCAAAGGAUAGACACAAUGGAAAUCUUCUGUUUGACAAUAUGGGCAGGCUUGUUCACAUUGAUUUUGGUUUUAUCCUGGAAACUUCACCGGGUGGCAAUAUGCGAUUUGAAAGUGCCCAUUUUAAGUUGAGUCAUGAGAUGACUCAAUUGCUUGACCCAUCUGGGGUGAUGAAAAGCGACACUUGGUACCUGUUUGUGAGCUUAUGUGUGAAGGGUUACCUUGCCGCACGUCGCUAUAUGGAUGGCAUUAUCAACACGGUGUUGAUGAUGAUGGACAGUGGAUUGCCUUGCUUUAGCAGGGGGGACCCCAUUGGAAAUCUUCGCAAGAGAUUUCAUCCUGAAAUGAGCGAGCGUGAGGCAGCCAACUUCAUGAUCCGCACCUGCACUGAUGCCUACAACAAGUGGACAACCGCUGGAUAUGAUUUGAUACAGUAUUUACAGCAGGGGAUUGAGAAGUGAAGGGAGUUCCAGUGUCUCUUCACAUGCUAUGUUGAUUUAUUGUUCAUAUGCCAUAGCUGCAAUUUUUCCCGAGGGAUUACCACCACAAAAGCAUGGAGAGAGUGGUAUAGUCGGCGAACAUGGAAAUCGGUUGUUUGUAGCGGUGCUGUGGGAUUCCUUGUGAGGCUUUGUAAAAAAAAAGAAAAGAAAAGAAAAAUUAGUCUGUCUGUAGAUCCCUACUUAGCAAUGAAAUUUAUGUUGAGUUGCAGCCAGUAAAUUUGUUAUUUUCGGGUUGUUAAUAUUCAAUGGUUUUAGGAGCAAAUAGGUGCUAAAACUUUGAAGUGGAGAUUUAGGUUUGCCAAUAUUGGAGACGGCAGGCUUCGUAUCGUUUUAUGGGCGCAUGGUUUGCAUCAUAUGGUAUCAGUGUUCAUUGCAUUUGAUUUUGGGGAGUUUGGUUAGAAAAUUCUUUGUUGACUGAAUAUAUAGCCCAUACGGCAAGAUUUGCAUCACGAUUUGGGUAUGAUCCACAAAUAUAUCCGUCAUAUAUGAUACCAUGUAUUAACUUUGACAUAACAGCGUGAGACCUAACUAGUUACAAUGUACCCAUUGAAUAAUGCAGUUUGGUAUGGUACUUUAAUAUCGAGAAA